AUGAAGCCGCUGCUGCUCCUCGGGCUCCCGCUUCUCCUCGUCCUGCUGGCCGCGACGCCCCCCGGCUGCCAGGGCGUCAUCAUUUCCCGGUGCCGGCUGGUCCAGAUCUUCAGGGAGAACGAGCUGGAGGGCUUCGCCAGGAAAACGGUGGCUGAUUGGGUCUGCCUGGUACAGCACGAGAGCAGUUACAACACCAGGGCCAUCAACCACGACAAGGACGGCAGCACGAACUACGGGAUCUUCCAGAUCAACAGCAAGUACUGGUGCGCCGACGGGCAGACGCCGGGGGCCACCAACGGCUGCCACAUCGCCUGCAGCAAGCUCAUGGAUGACAAUAUCGCGGACGACAUGAAAUGCGCUAAGCUCAUCGCACAGCAGGCGCGUGGCCUCACGCCCUGGGUCGCGUGGAACAAUCACUGCAGGGGGAAGGAUUUGAGGCCAUACGUCAGUGGAUGCUAG